CCAAUUCCUGCCCAUCAUCCAAAGAAAAGAAAGUCCAUCACGACGCGACGCGCUUACCUCACCAAGGAUCGACAUCAACGUCCUCUCAAGAACCCACUGACGUCGACUGCAAACUCACCGACCUCGUCCUCGGCAUGCCCCCGAAAUAGCCCGUUGCCUCGACAUGGAAAAGUUCCUGCGGGAAUGGAGGCAGGAUGCCCUGAACAAGGCCCAGUACGAUUCCGCCAUAUUCAUCGGCGAUAAGCUGCUGGCCCUAACGAACGAUGAUAAGGACGCUUUCUGGCUGGCUCAAGUGCACUUCGCGACCGGCAACUAUACCCGCGCCCAGACAUUCCUCGCCAAACAGGACCUUGUCGCCCGCAACGUUUCCUGCCGAUACCUGGGCGCACAUUGCCUCGUUAAACAAUCGAGAUUCGACGAGGCAUUGGCCGUCCUCGGCGAGCGAAACCCGACCCACCUCAUCAACAAUGUGAGCAACAAGCGCAAGACGAACGCGGCACCCCUGGGACGGGCGGUAGGCCAAAGGGCCAGGGUGGCUCGUGACGAGGCUGCCGAGGAGGAGGCUACAAAUAGGAAGUACGAGGCCGCCAUGUGCUACCUGCGAGGCAUCUGCUACUCCAAGCAGAACGCCUUUGACCGGGCCAAGGAGUGCUACAAGGACGCUGUGCGGAUCGACGUGCAGUGCUUUGAGGCGUUCCAGCAGCUCAUGACGAACGCCCUGCUGUCGCCGGACGAGGAGUGGGCGUUCCUCGAGUCGCUCGACUUUGACUCCAUCACCGUUUCAGGGGACGUCUCGUCGUCUCAGGAAGCGGCAGAGUUCACCAAGAUGCUGUACACGACGCGGCUUUCCAAGUAUCGGGAACCGUCGGCCUUUACCGCGGCGUGCGACUCGCUGUCGACGCACUAUCGGUUGGCGGACAACCCCGAUCUGAUGCUCGCCAAGGCCGAUCUUUUGUACACGCAAUGCCGGUAUCGGGAUGCUCUCGCCAUCACAGAGUCGAUCCUGCAGGAAGACAAGUACAACUUCAGCGUGCACCCACUGCACUUGGCAUGUCUGUAUCAACUAAAGAUGAAGAAUGCGCUAUUCCUGGUGUCUCACGACCUUGCAGACAACCACCCAGAGGAACCCUGCUCGUGGUUAGCUGUCGGCAUAUAUUAUUUUUCCAUCGACAAGAUUGCGGAAGCGCGGCGGUAUUUUAGCAAGGCCAGCAUGAUGGAUGCACACUUUGGUCCUGCGUGGAUCGGCUUCGCACACACAUUUGCCGCCGAGGGCGAACACGAUCAGGCCAUUUCGGCCUACUCAACGGCGGCGAGGUUAUUCAUGGGUACACACUUGCCACAAGUGUUUUUGGGCAUGCAGAACCACGCACUUAACAAUAUGACGCUGGCGGAAGAGUUUCUCAAGACAGCGUACGGUCUGUGCAAGACGGACCCCUUACUGUUGAACGAAAUGGGCGUCGUCAAGUACCACCAGGAUAAGCCGCAGGAGGCUGUUCAAUUUUUCCGGGCGGCAUUGAAAAUCGCCGCCGAGAUUGACUCGGACCCACAGGCAUGGCUAUCCCCAAGGACGAACCUCGCACACGCUUACCGUCGCCUGCGGCUCUGGAAGGAUGCACACAUGGAGUUUGACGAGGUCCUGCGCCAGGGCGGCAAGGACGCCGCAAUUUUCUGUGCCAAGGCACUCAUCUAUCUGGAAGAGGGACGCCCCGAGAAGGCCAUUGUACCGCUGCACGAAGCCCUCGCCAUUAACCCACAAGAUGGUAUUGCAACAGAGCUGUUGAACAAGGCACUCGAGGAGACAACGACUAUCGACUUUGCAGAUGGUGACGAGCUGGAGGCUUUCGAGCAGGAGCUUGAGUCGGGAAAGGCCGUCGCCAGGGAGCGAGUGUCGAACAAGCUGCCGAAGCUGCGGCGGGAUGCCAAAGGCAAGGCCAAGGUCGGUCGGACACAGGUACUUGUAGACGAGGACGAGAAGGGGGAGAGCCUGAUGGAGAUGACUGACGAUGAUUAGCCUCCAGGGGCAGUAAUGUAAGACAUGGCGUUAUGGUGGGAAGGGAGUGGGUUACCGGAUAUCGGUUAAAAAGUGUUGAUUAGAUUAAUGGGGUGCAUGGUCGCCAUGAUUUGCUGUUGAAGGUGAACUGCGUCUGGGUGAGGAUACCAACUCGCUGACUGACUGGCGUUCAUGUCGGGGGGAGGGGCUGGUAACCUCGAAGGCAGACCGCGCUGAGAGGAAGGUAGGUUGAGGCCGAAAUAGGGGCGAAUAAGUCUUUGUGAUGGGCGCUGGAUUGGGCAAAAACUGAAAGAGAUAUGGUCCGUUGAUGUUUUCUCAAUCUUUCAUAGGGCCAACCCCUCGCCCGUACAGCCCUCACGUCCAUGUGUCGUCC